AUGGUGCAAACAAAUCCCACGACGGCUGACGAUACUUUACACCUUCCCCGAAUUCUCUGCCUUCAUGGGGGAGGAUCUAAUGCCGCCGUCUUCCAAUCUCAGUGUCGCCGACUCAUUGCUCAACUCAAGUCCGAGUUCCGCUUUGUAUUUGCACAGGCGCCGUUUCUAUCCGAAGCGGGCCCAGAUGUCAUGUCGGUAUACAGUCAAUGGGGCCCAUUCCGACGUUGGCUCCGUUGGAGCCCCGAUCAUCCGGAGCUUCGGCCUCAAUAUGCAAUCCGAGUACUUGACGACUCUUUAGAAGAAGCCAAGCGCCAAGACGAUGCAAAGGGAGCCACUGGAGCGUGGGUUGGUCUGCUUGGCUUUAGUCAGGGCGCGAAGAUGUGCGCCAGUAUACUCUACCGUCAACAGGUUCGCCAAGAACAACUAGGACGGCGAUCCGGAGAUUCGGAAUACGACUUUGGCAUUCUCAUAGCGGGCCGUGCGCCGUUUGUUUGCCUGGACCCGCAUCUUGAUCUACAUGCCCCUUUGCCCGAUGUGUCGCAGAUCACCGAUGGGAAAUACGAAGGGCCGUGUCCGAAUGUUCUGUGCAUCCCCACUGUGCAUGUACAUGGAAUCCGAGAUCCCCAUGUGGCACUUCACAGGCAGCUAUUUUCUGACUUCAGUUCCGCCGAAAGUCGGAGGUUGGUUGAGUGGGAUGGGGACCAUCGGGUCCCGUUGAAGUACAAUGAUGUUUCAUUGGUGGCGUAUCAGAUUCGAGAACUGGCAAUACAGGCGGGCCUAAGAUAA